CAGCCACCGACCCAGCUUCAGCUGACCACGAUGUCGGAAAAACCAAAGGUGUAUCAAGGUGUCCGUGUGAAGAUCACAGUGAAGGAGUUGCUGCAGCAGCGAAGGGCACACCAGGCUGCCUCAGGGGGAACUCCCUCCGGAAGCAGCACUGUCCACAUUGCAGCCUCAGCCGCACCAUCUUCUGCAGGGCUGUAUUUUGAGCCUGAACCGAUUCCUUCCACACCCAGUUACUUUCAACCCCGAGAAUUUUCGAGUUGUUUUUCUUGUGAUGAAAACCCAAGCUGCCUCGACCAAAUCUUAGAUUCCUACCUUCAGAUGGAGACACACCCUGAACCUUCCUUCAAUUCCUUGCAAAGCACGCCACGCUACUUCCCAGACAGCUUCCAGCCUGCUCCUUUCUGCUUGAACCAGAGCCUGACCCCAGUGUCACCUUCAGAUUUCUCUACUCUCUCCGGUUCCUUAGACUACAGCUACUCACCAGCUCAGCUGCCUUUCUAUGCUGCAGAGAAUUACAGUUCUCCACCACCACUGGACACCAGAAACUGUGACUAUCCUUCAGAAGACCUCUCCUGCCACCCCUUGCCCUCACACACCCAGUACAACAGCUUCUCCUCGGCCCCGGCCCCAGCGUGUUACUGCGCGUCCUGCGAGGCCGAGCACUGGGACACUAUCCGGGCGGCAGAGUACUUUCCUCCUCCCGGCCAUGACUACCUGGAUUUUGCUUCUUCGACAGCAGUACCCAGCGAUUUCUACAAAAGGGAAGCAAACUGUGACGUCGGCUAUAGUUAA